AGGCUGGCUCCGAGGGGCCCGCCGGCGCGCUACCUCCUGGCGCGCGCGUGCUGCUGGUGGACGAUUGCGGCGCCACGCUGGCUGCGGCGCUGCGGCUGCGCGGGGCGCGGGUGACCCGCUGGCGCCGCUUCUGCCGCGGCCCCCGCGCCGGCGCGGCGUGGCCGCCCGGGCGCUCCGGGGGCAGGCUGUACGACGGUUCUGUCAUGCGCUUGCCGUCCACGAAGGCAGCGCUCGAGCUUGCCGUGCAGGCCGUUGCUCCGCUUCUGCAGCCAGGCGCGGGCCUGUGGCUCUACGGGGCCGUGUCCGAGGGCGGCUUGGCCAUGAGGUCUGCACUGGCUGGUCCUGCCUUCUACAACGCGCGCACGGUGGCUCUGCGCGGCGAGUUCGUGGUGGCCGCCGCUAUACGCGGUGAUUCGCCGCUGCGGGAGCGCUCGCUGGCGGAGUUCGCCGAGCAAGCGGAGAUCGAGCUGGGCGGCGCUCCGCUGCCCUGGCGAGUGUACCCGGGACUCUUCGCCGGCGGCGGGCUGGACGUGAUGACGUCCGCCCUGCUGCGGGUGC